UCUGGCAAGGAGGGCAGGGCAGGUAUCUGCGCUCGUGCAGCCUGUUGACUGACAGACACGCCCGGCACUGCUCAGAGUCCAGCAUGCGGCGAUUGGAGGCGCGAGGAGACACCGUCUGAUCAGAGCCUGCAACCCCGUCGUCUUCUGCUCGAACCCGGCUGCCGCUCGGAGGAUCCCCGCGGCGCCGCGAGCGCAGGAAGUUUUUGGGUAUUCUUUUUUAUCCCCUACUGGAGCCAGAGACGCCGCCCUGGACUCAGGUGAGAGGAAAGCAGCGACUUCCAGGUUCUGAAAGUCAGGAUUUACGCGCGGCUUUUACGCACGGACGGACGGACUCUGGUGGAGAGUUAUGGGGGCACUGGGAAUCUGAUCUCUUUUAGUCCAACAAACUGGACUAAGUGGAACGAAUUUUUCCUCAGCUUCGCAAUUUUCCUCAUCCUCUCAGCUCACGAUGUUCCAGCACAGCAUCAACAAAAAAUGUUUCACCAUCGAAGCUCUGGUCGGGAAGGAUGCGGGCAGCCGGAGCAACGGCUCUGGGGACGAGCCCAUCCGGCCAACCGCGCUACGGUUCCCGGACUCCCUACACCCGUCCUCUGCCGCCGGAGUCUUUGGAUCCUGCUUCCAGGGCAGUAGCGGGAGGACUUUGUUCUCUGCCGGGCCGGACAUGGUGCUGCAUGAGCCCGGGACGCACGUGCAGGGCCCCGGCGGGCUGCCGUUGCACCCGCUGCAAAUCCCCCCGCAGAGUUUCUUCAGCCCGCAGCACCGGGAGGCCCUCAGCUUCUACCCGUGGGUCCUGCGGAACCGUUUCCUGGGACACCGCUUCCAAGGAGAGGACACCAGUCCAGAGAACCUGCUUCUUCAUGGUCCAUUUUCCAGGAAACCCAAACGGAUCCGAACAGCUUUCUCACCGUCUCAGCUGCUUCGUCUGGAACGAGCCUUCGAGAAAAACCACUACGUAGUCGGAGCCGAGAGGAAGCAGCUGGCCAGUGGGCUGUGCCUAACCGAGACACAGGUGAAGGUGUGGUUUCAGAACCGCCGGACGAAGCACAAGCGGCAGAAGUUGGAGGAAGAGUCUCCAGAAGCUCAGCAGAAGAGGAAGGGCAGCCAACACGUCAGCCGCUGGAGGGUGGCGACACAACAGGUCGGCGGCGAGGACGUGGACGUCAUUAGUGAUGACUAGACUGAAGCCAUGCACAGCUGUCACACACACACACACACACACACACACACACACACACAAGUAAACACACCACAUGAAGUCAGGACAGUCGAGAGUCAAAGGUUUGACUCGGGUUCCUGUAGAUUAUAAGUUUCUGAAGCCGCUGAUCAGAGACUGAAUCACUGAACACACCUGAUAUGGCACUUUAGAACAAACCAGGGCCAGAACCGGGCCAGUCGUUAUGCCAGAGGGAACAUGAACGCCUCUCAGCAGCAGGACGGAGCUCAACUUCACCUGCUCCAAAACCUUAUUUAUCUUCAUCUAAGCCAGUGGUUCCCUUCAUGCAAACACUGAAAAGCCAUAGACCCCCUGCCCCACCUCAUGCUGAAACCAUACUUGGUUUUACCCUUUUAAAAGUGAGAUUCUCACCAUAAAUAGUGUAUUCUGGCUGAGUCCAUAUCCUUCCAUAACACCAAAGUUAAAUUAGCAACAUAUACAGUAGCCUUACGUUUAUUUCUUAAAAUAUGGACAAUGUGUGGACAUUAAUUACAACGAAUGUUCAAAGCCUCUG